AAUAGCCGAUGUGCGGCAGUCAGUGCGGCGAUGUCGACAGCGAACGACGGUUCGGCGGUACGGUUCGGCCGAUGGUGGUGGUGCUGGCGAAGAAGAAGGCGGAGUACUACGACCCGCGGCCCUACGAUGCCGACGACGAUGUACCAUCCGAGGACGAUCAUCCUUCUGAGCGUACUGGCGUUGAUCUCGGUCCUCCUGGGUCACGUUGACGCCGCCGCAAGGACGAAAGCUGAGGAGUCGGCCUCGUCCCGCGGCUCGGCCGGCAGGCAGAAGGAGGCCGAGCCGGUGAUCGAGGAAGUCACUGCCAAACAACUCGAACGGCUCCUCAACGAGAAGGACUUUGUUGCCGUGUAUUGGUAUGCCCGAAGUUGCACCACAUGCGACAAAGUCCUGGCCGAAUUGGAAAAAAUCGACGACGAUACAGACCAUUUUGGAGUUGACUUUGUCAAGAUCAACGAUAAGCGAUUGGCGAAGCAAUAUGGUAUCAAAAACUUCCCGGCUCUUACGUAUUUCCGCGAAAAAGAACCAAUCAUAUACGAAGGUGACCUGAUGGACGAGGAGAAUGUAUUGGAUUUUCUCACGAGUUUAGAAGCAAUGGAUCGACCAGAUCGUAUUGAAGAAGUUAAUGCAAAAAUUCUGUCAAAGAUCAUCGAGGAAACCGAUUUCGUGGCGGUUCUUUUCUGUCCAGACUCGGAGCGGUGUGCGGGCACCGGUUCUAACAAGCCAGACUGCAAGAAGUGUAUCAAGGCUCUGCAAGAACUGGAGAACAUCGACGACGAAGCCGAUCAAUUAGGUAUCGGCUUCGUAAAGAUCGCGGACGAACAACUAGCGGACGAGUAUAAUCUAGGUCCUCUCCCAGUUCUUGUGUAUUAUAGGCACCAAAUUCCGGUCAUUUACGAACAUGAACUGAGUAAAGAAGAAGACGUGCUGGAAUGGUUGGUGGCAAACAAGAGCACGGGAGAUGAAGAAGACGUUAUCGAAGAUGUCACCGCCAAGACGUUGAACACGCUAAUUGGAAAUAUUGACAAUUUAGUCGUUCUGUUCUACGACCACGGUGACGAGGAUUCUAUGCAGGUCCUAAACGAGCUAGAAAAGAUCGACGAUGACUGCGACAAACACGGUAUUCAGUUCGUGAAGAUCGACGAUGAGAAGGCGGCGAAAGAAUUUGGAAUCGACGAUUUACCCGCGAUCGUCUAUUUCGAAAAGCAGAUCCCGAAUGUUUACGACGGAGAUGUAGAAAAUGAGGACGAAAUUCUGGAGUGGCUAUUGUCGCAACUCGAGAAAGACGAGAUCGAAGACGUUACCGAUGAGAUGCUGGAUCGUCUUGUCAAAGAUGGAAAGACCUUGGCUGUAUUAUUCUACGACAAUAACGAUCGAAAGUCUCAGAGAGUUCUCAAUGAAUUGGAGAACAUCGACGAUGAAUGUGAUCAGCUCGGCGUAACGUUCGUGAAGAUUGAUAACGCGGAGGAGGCUAAGGAGUACGGCAUUCAAAAAGUACCUUCGAUGCUCUACUUCGAAAAGGGCAUUCCGACGUUAUACGAGGGCAACCUCGAGGACGAGGAGAAGGUGCUCAAAUGGUUGGAGCAGCAGCAAAAGGCUGACCAGAUUGAAGACGUCACCGACGAGAUGCUCGACAUGGUUAUAGAGAAGAUGCCACACGUAGCCGUUCUCUUUUAUGACAAAGAUCAGAAAAAGAGUCAGAAGGUGCUGAGCGAACUGGAGAACAUCGACGACGACUGUGACCAGCACAACAUAGCCUUCGUAAAGAUCAGCGACCUGGAGGAAGCAAAAGAAUAUGGCAUAGAUUCACUUCCCACUUUGGUGCUUUUUGAACGAAGGAUACCACAUAUUUACGAUGGCGAUCUCAUGAACGAGGAUCAGCUACUGGGCUGGCUGCUACAUCAGAAAAAACACUCCGAGAUCCCGGAAGUAACGGACGAAAUGGUCGAAAAGCUCAUAGAGACCUCGCCGUACAUAGCAGUCCUGUUUUACGACAAGGACGACAAACAGGACAUGCGAAUCCUGAACGAGUUGGAGAACAUAGACGACGAGCUGGAGAAGGAAGGGAUCGUCAUCGUCCGCAUAGACAACGACGCCGAGGCCAAGGAGUACGGCAUCGAUCAUCUCCCGACCCUGGUGUACUUCGAGGAUAAAAUCCCGGCGAUAUAUGAGGGCGAUCUGCUGAACGAGGACGAGGUCCUCGAAUGGUUGAUAGAACAGAAGAACAGCGCUACCAUUGAGGAGGUCACGGACGAGAUACUGACGGAUCUCAUAGAGGAGCACGAAUACGUUGUGGUAUAUUUCAGUGGAAGCUGCGACGAAGGAGAAGAAUGCGACAAUAUCCUCGACGAUUUGGAGAAUAUUGAUGACGAGCUGGAUGAAACAGGCAUUAUAUUCGUUACUACUGAAGACACCACCACAGCGAAGAAGUAUGGUAUCAAACGUUUCCCGACUCUCGCGUUCUUCCGAAACAAGGAUCCGCUGAUUUAUACUGGCGAUCUCGACGACGAAGACGAGGUGCUGUCUUGGAUCACAGACGAGGACACUUUGGAGAUACCGGGAAAAAUCGAAGAGGUCAAUGCUAAAAUGCUGGAGAAUAUUCUCGACGAAAACGAUUACGUCGUAGUCUUUUUCUACAAAGAAGGAGACAAGAAGAGCCAGAAGAUCCUCCAGGAGCUCGAGAACAUUGAUGACGAGUGCGAGGAGAAGGAGAUCGACUUUGUAAAGAUCUCCGACGAGGGAAUCGAGAAGGAAUACGAUCUUCCGGGACUACCGGCGCUGGCAUUCUAUAGACACAAGUUCCGGCAGAUCUAUUCGGGCGACAUGAUGCACGAGGAAGAGAUAUUAGAAUGGGUCCUUGAGCUUCGUACAACAACGCCGGAUGUUAUCGAGAGCGUCGAUAGAAAAACAUUACAAGUACUCAUCAACGAUGUCGAGCAUCUCGCCGUAUUCUUUUACGACGACAAGAGUGAAUCCUGCGCGGAGAUUCUCGAGGAGUUAGAAACGAUUGACGAUGAUACUGACAAACAUGGUAUUCAAUUCGUCAAAUCGAACGACGCUAAACUGGCGGCGGAAAUCGGCGUUUUUUCCUUCCCGGCUCUCGUUUACUACGAGACCGGAGUCCCUAUCAUGUACGACGGUAAUCUUCUCGACGAGACCGAAGUACUCGAAUGGAUGGUGAAACAGAAAACUGAUGAGAGCAUUGAAGAAAUCGACCGUGAGACUCUCUUCAAAUACAUCGAAACAAAAGAAUUUCUCGCUGUCAUAUUUUACAAAGAGGAAGAUCCAGAGAGUCCCAGGGUGCUUAGGCAUAUCGAAUUGAUUGACGAUGAGGCAGCGGAAUACGGAAUAAAGAUUGUCAGGAUGAAGGAUCGGCUAAUGGCGAAGAAAUACGGUUUUCGAAAUCCACCCGGCAUCACUUACUUCCGCAAGGGUAAGAACAUCAAUUAUGAUGGUGACAUCGACGACGAGGAAGAGAUCCUCGACUGGUUGACCAACCCAGAAAAUAUGGAACUCACCGAUCACAUAGAACGUAUCAACAAAAAGAUGUUUCAGAAAGUCCGACAAACGACAGAUUAUUUAGCUGUAUUUUUUUACAGCAACGACUGCAAACAGUGCGGCCGAGUAUUGGCGGAAAUCGAACAUAUCGACGACGAAGCCGACAGCGCCGGUAUUAAAUUUGUCAAAAUCGAUGACAAACAAUUAGCUAAGCAAUAUGGUGUUUUCGCGUUACCCGCCAUACUAUUCUUCAAGAUGGGAUCGAAGGAACCAGUUAUAUAUGCAGGGGAUCUGUACGACGAGGAGCAGAUUUUGCAAUGGUUGAUGACGCAAAAGGACCCAUCGGGUGAGGCGAUCGAAGCUAUGGAAGGCGAGGCCCUAUUAAAUUUGAUACGAGAAUCGGAAUCUUUAGCCGUAUACUUCUGGAACAGAACGCUUUGCGACGUGUGCCAAUCAAAAACGUACCGCAAGCAGAUGCGCCAGAGGGAGCACAGGACCGUGGAACAUGCAGAGGCAGUCGAACACCACGAUGAUCCUGACGAUUGCGCGCAAUGUGUGGCGAUACUCGAGGAAUUGGAGAACAUUGAUGACGAUUGUGAUAGACACGGCAUCAAAUUUGUAAAAACACAAGAUUUCAAAGUUGCUGAGGACUAUGGAGUGACUGAUUUACCAGUAUUAGUCUACUUCGAGAAUCAAGUACCGAACGUGUUCGAAGGCGAUCUUUCUGUGGAAGAAGAAGUGUUACAAUGGCUGAUUACUCAAAGAACGGAAGAUCGGAUUGAACUGGUCACACGAAUGAUGCUAGAAACGUCUGUCGAGGAGACUCAAUACUUAGCGGUUUAUUUCACCAAGCAAAAUUGUCAUAUAUGCGACGAGAUUCUGGAAGGCUUGGAAAAAAUCGAUGACGAAUGUGACGUAUUUGGGAUUCAUAUGGUGAAAAUUCAAGAUCCGCAGCUGGCAAAACGAUAUUCGAUCAAGACGUUCCCGGCUCUAGUUUAUUUCCGAAACGGCAAUCCUCUUCUCUUUGAAGGGGAUCUUCAAAACGAAGAAUCCGUCCUCGAGUGGCUAAUUGACGAUGAGAAUCGAGAACUGGCCGAUGAGAUAGAGUCCGUCAACGAUAGAAUGCUAGAGAGACUUCUCGACGAAUCUCCUUUCCUAGCCGUCUUCUUUUAUGACGAAGAUUGUCCGGAAUGUGAUGAAAUUAUGGAAGCACUAGAGAAAAUUGAUGGCGAAGCCGAUCUUUUCGGUAUCGACUUCGUUAAGAUCUCCAGUUCAGAGGCUGCUGAAAAAUAUGGCAUUCUCAAUGUUCCGUCUCUCGUGUACUUCCGAAAGAAAAUGCCGCUCGUAUACGACGGUGAUCUCAUGCAGGAAGAUAAAAUCCUACAAUGGCUCACUUCUCAAGAUGUGUUUGAGAUUAAGAAUGAAAUAGAGGAAGUUAACAGGAAGAUGCUAGACAAAUUGUUGGACGAGAACGAGUUUCUCGCAGUUUUCUUCUAUGAACAUGACAGUCACGAAUGCGAGGAGGUGAACGAAAAACUAGAAGAAAUCGACGACGAAACUGACAAUCUGGAUAUUACAUUUGUCAAAAUGGCAGAUCCCAGAUACGCUAGAAAAUGGGGAGUUACCAAGCUUCCCGCAAUUGUUUAUUUUCGUAAACGUUUCCCUAGUAUCUAUAGAGGUGAUAUGCACAAAGAGAUGGACGUUCUCGAGUGGUUACGCAAAAACAGAUAUCGGCAGCCGGAACUCAACAUCUAUAUGUACAUGCUGAUUGCUAUUACCAUCCUCUUCCUCAUGUACACCGGUUUCCUUCUGUCGUGUUUCCGCUCGGAGCCGACCGCGCCGGUCGCGCAUCCCAAGCAGGCGUGAACGCACGAAUAGUAUAUGAAAGUGACAAAUAAAGUAAAAGACAGGACUCGUGAACUCUCGCGCCUGUGUGUUGCCCGGCACUCUCUCAAUAUUCUCUCUGAUUCCCGUACACGAUUAUAUGUGGAUAGGUUCGUCCGGAACGAACGAUUUAACAGCGCUUUACGCGACAAGUAACGAUGACCGAAAAGCGAUGAACGGAAGCGAACGGCCUGCCCGUGAGCGCGUCCGGACCGCUGUCAAACGUUAAAUAAUAUUGCGUGAAAGAGAGGGAGAGAAUGUGUCUAUUGACUGAACUUCGUCAUGGUACUUCGAGUCGAAAAGUACUCGCGCGUAGGUAGCGCGAGCUACAAGUUUUAUCUCUCGGAUAUUGUAAUAUGCCAGUUCAUCAGUCGAGCUAAAAGAUAUGUAAUUUUAGCAAACUGACAUCGAUACUAUUACAUUCUUCGUCCCACAGAAAAAGAUACAAGCGAUUAAUGUUUAUAUUAUAAAGAUAUAUAAUAUGUAAUCAUAUAUAAUAUAUAUGUAUAUAUAUAUACAUGUGUAUAUAUAGACUUCCUUAAUGUAUCAUAUACAUGUGUCAUAUAUAAUAUAUUAAGGAAGUCUACUGUAAUAUAGGAUAUUUGUUCAACACUUGGCCCACCUAGUAUCGCUAAUCCUAAAGAGUUGGUAUAUUUGGUUGGAAGAUUUUCAUAAC